AGCCACCUAAACGACUAAACGAUUCAGAGUUGUUUCAGGUUCACCAAAACCCCUUUUGACAUCCAACACAGAGUGACAAAGAUGGAGACAACAGAUAGAAAAAGCUUAGCAAUUUGCUUAUAGAAUAUAUCCUAUGAAAGGAAAGAGAAAACCCAAAACCAGAGGCCAUUUUCUUUUAGCUUUCUUCUUGACAAACUUAGACCACCUUGGUAUAUGAAAGUUCCAAACUUUACCACUUCUCUUUCAGAACCCAACUUUUUUAGUGUUCUGGGUUUGUGAAAGUUUCAAGCUUUAUCAACUCUCUUUCAAAACCCAACAUUUUUAGUGUUCUGGGUUUGUGAAAGUUUCAAGCUUUAUAUAUGCAGAAGAUAUAUUGCCAUUCAGAUAUGCGUGCUCUUAAGUUUCUAGAACGAUUCACAAGCACCCAAGUCCAUGCUUUGAAUCCAAUAGAAACCUCAAGUGGUAAAACCCAUGGUGGUGUUUCAAGAGCUAAGCUCAAUAGUCAGCUACUCAAGUCCUUUAAGUCAAACUCAAAGCUCAAAUCUUUCAACUCUUCAGUGUCAGUCACUGAAGCUCUUCUUCUUCCUUAUGGACUCCCUAGUACAGACCUCAUUGAACCCACCAUAGAGUCUCACCUGAAGCCCAUUGACUUUGUUGAGAUCUUAGCUGACCUCUAUCGGCGGUUAGAGGGUUGUGAAUCUCAAUCUGAUAGAUCAUUGUUGUUUGUGGAGCAGUACUCCCUCUUGCGCAGCCUUGGCGACCCCAAAUUGCUUCGGAGGUGUUUACGAGCUGCUCGGCAGAAUGCUGUUGAUGUCAACUCUAAGGUUGUGCUUUCGGCUUGGUUAAGGUUUGAGAGGAGAGAAGAUGAGCUUUCAGGUAUGUCAGCUAUGGAUUGUGGUGGACAAGUUCUUGAGUGUCCUAAGAUUGCUUUAGAAUAUGGGUAUGAUCCAAAUUUAAUUUCUACUCAUUGCCAAUGUGAUCAAGAUCAAAUUGAAGCUAGUAAUGUGCCUAGUUGGAAUGAGAAUGAGUGUGUGAAUUUAGAGCAGAAGGAAAGUGAUGUUACAUUUUGUAUUGGCAAUGAAGAAAUCAGUUGUGUUAGGUGUAAAAUUGCAAUGCUAUCUAGUCCACUCAAGACUAUGUUGUAUGGUAGUUUCAAAGAGUCGAGAAAGGGUAGGAUAGAUUUUUCGGAAAAUGGGAUAUCUGUAAAGGGAAUGAGAGCUGUGGAAGUGUAUAGUAGGACUAGGAGGUUGGACUUGUUUAGUCCUGGAGUUGUUGGGGAGCUUCUUUGUUUUGCAAAUAGGUUCUGCUGUGAGGAGAUGAAGUCUGCCUGUGAUGCUUAUCUAGCUUCGAUGGUGGAUAACAUUGAUGAUGCGUUGGUUCUUAUUGAAUAUGGCUUGGAGGAGAUGGCAUUUCUUCUUGUUGCUGCUUGCUUGCAGGUAUUAUUAAGAGAGUUCCCGAAUUCUUUGUACGAUCCAAAGGUGAUGAAGUUUCUUUGUAGCUCCAAGACUAGGGAGAGAUUGGCCAUGGCUGGUCAUGGUUCUUUCUUAUUGUAUUACUUUCUAAGCCAUGUGGCUAUGGAGGAAAGUAUGGUAUCAACCACCACUGUGAUGUUGUUGGAGAGGUUGGAAGAAUGCGCAACCCAGAGGUGGCAGAAAACACUUGCGUUGCAUCUAUUGGGUUGUGUUUUGCUUGAAAGAAGAGAGUUUAAGGAUGCACAGUAUCGUUUCCUGGCUGCAGUGGAGGCGGGGCAUGUCUAUUCAGUGGCCGGUGUUGCAAGGACCAAGUACAAGCAGGGGCAACAGUAUUCUGCUUAUACACUGAUGAGCUCUAUUAUCUCUGAGUAUAAGCCAGCAGGGUGGAUGUACCAGGAACGCUCCCUCUACAAUAUUGGGAAGGAAAAGAUUUCAGAUUUAAGCACUGCAACCGAACUAGAUCCCACUCUUUCAUUUCCAUACAAAUAUAGAGCUAUUGCGAAGGUUGAGGAGAAGCAAAUUAGUGGAGCCAUUACUGAGAUUGAUAAAACUAUUAGGUUUAAGCUCUCACCUGACUGCAUUGAAUUACGGGCUUGGUUCUUCCUCGCACUUGCAGAUUAUGAAAGUGCUCUGCGAGAUAUUCGUGUUUUAUUAACUCUAGAACCCAAUUAUAUGAUGUUUCAUGGGAAGACUAAGGGGGAUUACUUGGUUGAGCUUCUUAACCAUCGGGUUAAGCAAAUGACCGAGGCUGAUUGCUGGAUGCAUCUAUAUGAUCAAUGGUCGUCUGUUGAUGACAUUGGUUCUUUGGCUAUCAUACAUCAGAUGCUAAGGAAUGACCCUGGAAAGAGCCUACUAUUGUUUCGGCAAUCUCUACUUCUUUUACGGUUGAACUGUCAGAAGGCUGCAAUGCGCAGUUUGCGGUUGGCUAGAAAUAAUGCUAGUUCUGACCAUGAGAGGCUUGUCUAUGAAGGAUGGAUUUUAUAUGAUACGGGAAAUCGUGAACAAGCUCUCUCAAAGGCUGAAAAGUCUAUUCACACAAACAGGUCAUUUGAAGCUUUUUUCCUCAAAGCAUAUGUAUUGGCAGAUGCUAGCCUGGACCCUGAAUCAUCAUCUCAUGUUAUUCAACUGCUGGAGGAAGCUCUUAAAUGCCCGUCAGAUGGUCUUCGAAAAGGACAGGCAUUAAAUAACUUGGGGAGUAUAUAUGUUGAUUGUGGUAAGCUUGAGGAGGCGGCAAACAGUUACUUGAGUGCUCUUGACAUCAAGCAUACAAGAGCUCACCAAGGAUUGGCGCGCGUUUACCACCUUAAAAAUCAACGGAAAGCUGCAUAUGAGGAGAUGACCAUGCUAAUAGAGAAGGCACAAAAUAAUGCAUCAGCUUACGAGAAGCGAUCAGAGUACUGUGAUCCUGAGAUGGCUAAGAAAGAUCUCGAUAUGGCAACAGAACUGGAUCCAUUGAGAACGUAUCCAUACAGAUACAGGGCAGCAGUGCUGAUGGAUGAACAAAGAGAAUCGGAAGCCGUAGAAGAGCUUACAAAGGCCAUAGCCUUCAAGCCUGACCUGCAAAUGCUUCAUCUUCGAGCUGCGUUUCAUGAGUCAAGUGGAGACCUCAGCUCUGCUCUACAAGAUUGUCAAGCAGCUCUCUGCAUGGACCCCAACCACACAGACACCCUUGAUCUCUAUAAUAGAGCCCGGGACUGAGCUAAUUUAAUUGGAAUAUAUUGCUCCUUAUGAGUUCAGUGUGCAGGAGACUUCAUCUUCAGUGAUACCAGGACUGAACUGUUUGUGAGAACUUUCCUCAGAAUCAUGAUAGUCCAGCUGCAAACCCACCUGGUGGAAAAGGAAAAGUCGACAAAGGGACUGCUAUGUAUAUAUGGCAUUGUGGAUAGAUGAUUGUUGGUUGAAGAGCACGCAUUGAGAGCAGCCCUUUUGUCAAGAAAUCUAGCUAAGAUGGCUGCGGGAGCAUAUACUACAGAGUAGAAUUCCCUGCUGUAAAUUUCUCUUUUUGUUAAAUCCUUAUACCUUGAGAAUUGUUUGAUUUGUCUCUUGGUGAGAAAAUGGAUCUGUUUUACGCCCCAUUGUACAUGAUAUCUCAGUUACUGCAAUAUAGUUCAGAUUUUGUUCGAC